AUGAUGAGAAACAAUCAAGAAGUCUUUUUCGUUACAUGUUACUUUAUUUAUUAUAUUCCUCAGAAAUUUAAAUUGAAUUUUUAUAAAGGUAAGUAAUCAACUUAACUAAAGAAAAUCAUCUAUUAAAAGAAUAUCUUGGCAUUCCAUCAUUUUUUAAAUAAUAGAGUAAAGGAAUUGAAAUCAUACCUUAGAGAUGUUCCCAAUAGAUAUGGAAUUGUGGGAUAUUACACAAGCUUUAUGAUUUGUCAAGGGGGGUGCUGA